CGAGUCUUCGCGCUUUUGCAUACAGUGUUUGGUAGUCACUAUAUAAUCUAAAUGUAAAUAUAUUAAGUGUUUGUGUAAAUUCUGUAAGUGGCCAUGUAAAACCGUCGGCUUCGGUUCAAGGUUUUUAAAAGUUACGUGCUACUGCGGAGGUGCUAACACAAAGGUUCCCCGCCAUCACGUAGUCGAAGCAGCUGACUUUAGUGUAACUUUUUUAUCACAUAGUUCUCUAUUUCUUAUAAUAUCUUAUCGAUUCGUAUAUUUUUGGUUUCGUUUUACAUUUGUGUUUGUGGCAAUUGUUUCAAUUAUCAAUUAUCGGAUAAAGAAACGGAGAUAAAUCGAUAAUAUGACGAAUUACUGGAUCUUCUACAUAUGUUAAAAUGAAGACUCAGAGUCGUUUAGACAAAAAAACAAAUAAUAAACUAAAAAUCAAAGAUGGACCUAAAAGUGAUCAAAAAGUUAUAAAGCAAGAGAGUCGAGGAACGCGGUCACCAAAGUCAACACGACGUGAAAACGGAAAGCGAUCUGGAUUGGAAGCUGUGAAGUUACAUCUUGAAGCUACGGGAAAAACUGGUAGAACAUCGAGGUCAGCAACUACGGUCCGCAAAACAAGCCUUCGAAUGACUGCAAUAAAAGAAUACCCAUUCGAUCUCAGUGAUCUGAAUAACCAGACAGAAUCACGGCCCACAGCUGGAAACGUGACUAACACCUUGCCCGUCUCAACCACCCCUGACGGUAAACGAAAAGUAUCCAUCAUGGCCAACGAAGGCAGCAAAGAUAGAGAAAACCUACCAUCAGAAAGGAAUGGCCGCGUAUCAGCUCAAGCAGAAGGGCCAUCGCGCCGCAAAAGUAAUCUUCAUAACGCCAUGGCAGCUGAAAUGGACACAUCAUGGGAACGACCAACACACAUUGAGGGCAGAUAUAAGAAGUACUCAACUACGUCAUCCGUUUAUUCGAAAAAGGCUCUAUCCCAUCAAAGCGAGCAUAUUGAAAGAUCUUGGUGGUACGCCUGUUGUCAGAAGUGUCACACAGAGGACACCGGAAUUCCUUCCUGGGAACCUCCACAUUGGCAAAAAAUAUGCCCCUACCCAUUAUGCCCAUCGUACAGACAUUUUGCUCAAAAUCUAUCGAUUCUUUUAAUCGGAAUAAUGGUAUGGGUAAUCGUAUGGAUAAUAUUAGGUGACACAGCCGCGCCUGGUGGGCAGUUAUUUAUGCUCGCUGUACUUACCAUCGCUGCACACUUUGGCGGCUGGUUGAUGGUAAAAGUUACCACACUGCCAGCACUUAUAGGAAUGCUCAUAGUGGGAAUAAUAUUAAAAAAUAUCGGUUUUGUCAACUUUGAUUCAGAUUAUCAACACGUUACUUCUUAUAUAAGGAAAAUCGCGUUGACAAUCAUUUUAACUAGAGCUGGUCUUGAUUUAGACCCCGUUGCUAUGAAAAAAUUCUUCAUUACUGUUAUAAAGUUGGCUUUGGUUCCGUGGAUUUUUGAAUGCGUACUUUGCGUUGUCAUGUGUCACUUUCUUCUUGGACUACCGUGGGAUUGGGCUUUUCUAUUAGGAUCCAUAUUUGCUGCUGUGUCUCCAGCAGUAAUCGUUCCAUGCUUAUUCCGUCUUCGUGAAAAAGGUUACGGAGUGUCUAAAGGAAUUCCGACUUUGGUGUUAGCUGUUUCCGGUAUAGAUGAUGCAGCCAGUGUGGCAGUAUUCGGCAUUAUAACAUCAACUAUGUUUUCAAAUGCUUCUCUUACAACAAGUCUUAUUCAAGGUCCGCUAAGUGUUGUCGCCGGAAUCGCAUUUGGUGUGUUAUGUGGCUACUUGGUAAAAUACAUUCCAGAAAGAAAUGAUGCAUUUUUAGUUCCCCUCCGAGUACUCCUACUACUUGUUGGUGGUCUGGUAAGCGUUCUUGGCUCUGAAGAAAUUGGUUGGGGAGGCAGUGGGCCAUUGGCUGUAAUAGCUUUUAGUUUCGUCGCAUGUAAGCAGUGGGUGGAUCAAGGUUGGGAACUCGAAGACAAUCCUGUGGCGACGGCCUUUGAAAUCUUUUGGAUGUUCUUUGAGCCCAUGCUCUUCUCUGUUACGGGUGCACAAAUAGUCAUUGCUGACUUACAACCUCAGUUAGUGUUAGUAGUCGCUGGGAUUGUCAUCACUUGUGUAGUAUUACGUGCUGCCUUAACCAGCGUCACUGCAGUACGAAGCAACCUUAAUAUGAAAGAAAAAAUCUUCGUCGGUCUAGCGUGGAUGGCUAAAGCUACAGUUCAGGCUGCUUUAGCGCCGGUUGCACUUGACGAAGUACGUAAAAUGACUGGUAGUGAGGAACAUAUAGAGCAGUUAGUAAAAUAUGCUGAAAUCGUAAUCAACGUCUGCAUCAUGUCAAUUGUCAUAACAGCACCUCUAGGAGCGAUUGUAAUAACAAUCACCGGUCCUAGAUUACUCUCUAAGACAACGAAGCCGCCUGUAUUAGAAGGCUGGAGACGUUCACACAGGCCAUCGAUUCGCGAUAUAUCUAUCAUAGAUGAGGAAGAGGUAGCUGAAAGGGAUGCAGAGGCGGAUGCCGAUGCACCCAAUUCACCCCCAGUGUCACCCGUACCAACGAUAUCUCCGAACGCAUAUAGCACACCAAACCCUAUCACUGUACAGCCAAAUCAUCGAACAUAGAUUGUUUUAAAACCUAACAGUGCAUUACUUUUUAAAAGUAAUGGUGUCCAAUUUUCAUAAUUUUUAUUUCAUGACGCUAAUUUAUUCAUAUACGAACUUAGUAGUCACAUUUUUUUUAUAUUAUAUAAGAGUGUUGUGAAACAUUGUAUGAUGAAUCUAUAUUCGUAAUAUAUAUUUUUCAGAAAUUAUUAAGAGCUUUUCGAAGGUUAUAAGUUUCGCAUAAAAUGAUGUAAAUAAUGGCGUUCGUAUUAGUUUGUAACAUUAAAUUAUACAACUUCAAGGAAAGUAAACUUAUUUAUAUAAAAUAUAUAGAUAUAGAUGAGGUAGUGUUACCACAUAUUGUAUUAUUUGAAUUCAAUUAAUAAUGUGGAAAAUGUAAUUGUAUAAUUAAUUUUAUUCUGUAGAUAUAAGAAAAAAAACAGUAUUGUGAUUAUAUACUAUUUAUGAUUAAGUUGUUAUGUAUUUCUGUAAGGUACAAAAUAAGUAGUAAAUAAAAAAAAUACUUCGAAUAGUUAUAAAUUAUAUAUUACAGAGUGCAAGUUAUUUGUUACAAGAGUAAUAUUGAAAUAACUUGACCUAUAAUAUAUUUGUAUAUGUUCAUAUUAUAAUAUAUUUUUAAUAAAAGACAAAAUCGUUGAAAUAAUGUAACUAUAUUUUUAUAUUUAUUUCGAUUAUAUUGAAGUCAUACUUAUUCCGAAUAAAGCACUCGACAUUGUUGUACUUACCUUAUUGUUUUUGAAUGGGACUACUUAAUGUAAGAUGUUUGAGAACCUGUAAGAUGAACGAUUAAUUUGAUAUAGGAGUGGUGUUAAACAGCAGUAAAUGUAUUAUAUUAGAAAUAAAAUAUCACGCAACAA